GAAGCGCUGGACGUAGUUGCUGAUUGGCUGGCUGGGGCGCAGCUUGAUGGCGUCGGGCUGUCGAUCCCAGGCCCCCGGGCGACUGCCGCCUGUGUGAGGGGGCCCGUGGCCUGUAGUGCUGUGGCUUCGGAGGAAGUGGAGGCACGACCCUCCUUACUCUUCGCCAUGAGUUUCCUAAUCGACUCCAGCAUCAUGAUUACUUCCCAGAUACUUUUCUUUGGAUUUGGGUGGCUUUUUUUCAUGCGACAGCUGUUUAAGGACUACGAGGUGCGUCAGUAUGUGGUACAGGUGAUCUUCUCUGUGACUUUCGCAUUUUCUUGCACCAUGUUUGAGCUCAUCAUCUUUGAAAUCUUAGGAGUAUUGAAUAGCAGCUCCCGUUAUUUUCACUGGAAAAUGAACCUGUGUGUAAUUUUGUUGAUCCUGGUUUUCAUGGUGCCUUUUUACAUUGGCUAUUUUAUUGUGAGCAACAUCCGACUAUUACAUAAACAGCGACUGCUUUUUUCCUGUCUCUUAUGGUUGACCUUUAUGUAUUUCUUCUGGAAACUGGGAGAUCCAUUUCCCAUUCUCAGCCCCAAACACGGGAUCUUAUCCAUAGAACAACUCAUCAGCCGGGUAGGUGUGAUUGGGGUGACUCUCAUGGCUCUUCUUUCUGGAUUUGGUGCUGUCAACUGUCCGUAUACUUACAUGUCCUACUUCCUCAGGAAUGUGACUGACACAGAUAUUCUAGCCCUGGAACGGCGACUGCUCCAAACUAUGGAUAUGAUCAUAAGCAAAAAAAAAAGGAUGGCAAUGACACGGAGGACUAUGUUCCAGAAGGGGGAGGUGCAUAACAAACCAUCAGGAUUCUGGGGGAUGAUAAAGAGUGUUACCACUUCAGCACCAGGAAGUGAAAAUCUUACUCUUAUUCAACAGGAAGUGGAUGCUUUGGAAGAACUAAGCAGGCAACUUUUUCUGGAAACAGCUGAUCUAUAUGCUACCAAGGAGAGAAUAGAAUACUCCAAAACUUUCAAAGGGAAAUACUUUAAUUUUCUGGGUUACUUCUUCUCUAUUUACUGUGUUUGGAAAAUUUUCAUGGUGAAGUUCUGGUCCCAACACAUUUCCUUCAUUCUGGUUGGAAUAAUCAUAGUCACAUCUAUCAGAGGACUGCUGAUCACUCUUACCAAGUUCUUUUAUGCCAUCUCCAGCAGUAAGUCCUCCAAUGUCAUUGUCCUGCUAUUAGCUCAGAUAAUGGGCAUGUACUUCGUCUCAUCUGUGCUGCUGAUCCGAAUGAGCAUGCCUCUGGAGUACCGCACCAUCAUCACCGAAGUCCUUGGAGAGCUGCAGUUUAACUUCUAUCACCGUUGGUUUGAUGUCAUCUUCCUGGUCAGUGCUCUCUCCAGCAUACUCUUCCUCUAUCUGGCCCACAAACAGGCACCAGAGAAGCAUAUGGCACCUUGAACUCAUGCCUAUUACAGACUGCUACAAGCCAGCGGUGUCAGAAUUUGGAUAUAAGAGGGAAAAACUGGAGGGGCCAGGGCCUAACAUUUUUAAAACAACAUAGUGCUGUGGUAGCAUAUUCUACCUGCAGCUUACGCCUUCGUCCUCAGAUGAUACUAUAAUCAUGAGUAGCUUCAGCUUCUCAUUUGUAUGAGAGAGAGAAGUAACUCAAGCUAGCACUCAACCAAGAGUAUCCUGUUUGGUUGGAGGCUGGUGGAGUAUGUCAGGUGGUGGGGCUAAAAGGAGCCAAGAAGCUAAAGGGAGAAAAUACACUGGAACUCUGGGGUAAGAGAAAUGUAAGGUAGCUGGUUAAACACAUGAGAUUCUGUUUAAAUCAAGGAUCCCAUGGAGGAGGUUAUGACUUUCCCUUGAGAUUGACUAUCAUUAAAAUCAGAGAUUGUUAACACUUGGGCCUUACUGUCAUUCUAUCAGGGAUAGCUUGGUACCAUCGCUUGUCAGCGAUGUCAAGCGUCCCAGCCCUCCUCCCCAGCCCCUUACCCUUCAAAUAACCAAAAGUUCAUCUGUGCUGGGGAAGGAGUAGUAUGCAACUGAAACAGUGUACCAAUGUCAGAGUAUGACAUUUUUCUUGAUUUCCCUUCAACUUAGUUCGAUCCCUGGGUUGGGAAGACCCCCUGGAGGAGGGAAAGGCUACCCACUCCAGUAUUCUGGCCUGGAGAAUUCCACGGACUGUAUAGUCCAUAGGGGUCGCAAAGAGUCGGACGCGACUGAGCAACUUUCACUUUCACUUUACUAGUAUUAUUUAAGAGUGAAUUACUCUAAAUUCAAGUCACUGAUGAUAUUUCAUUUUUUCUUUUCAUCUGCCAGUUGUGGGAUAAAACAAUGAAUAACCUAACUGGAAUAGGUCACUUUCCUAUCCUAGAGCUCAAUGUCUUCAUCUGUAAUAGGAAGCUUGUGGAAAAUUUGUAGGACACUAAGAAAUGCAGUUUAAGAAAAUCUUGAAUUCUAUUACCAGGAAGUCUCUCUCUGUUGCUGAGAUCUUAUUCUGAGUUUUGUUGUGUUCAGGGUUUCUAGAGGCAAAAUGAAGGUUAAAACAUAAAAAGUUUACCAGAAACAAAAGCACUAUUAAGGUUCUAUCAGCCAACAGAGAAAAUUCAAGCAUACUCAAAAGGCAUUUUUAAUGGCAUUUAUUUCAGCAACAACAACAUUCUUACAAAAGCAUAGUUUUAAUAGGCUUAUCUGCUCAGAUACCUUAAUUAGCAGUUCUCACAUAUACAGAUUUAUGAAUCAUCUUUGGUGCUCUGGGAGCCUAUAGAAGAAAUAAUAUCAGAGAAGAGUAGUUAAGUUGAAGGUUGAAAGAGAUCGCAUGAAAAGCAUCUGGCUCGUAUAUUAACUUUUCCUAAGUUGGCCAUAAAUAAGCUCUCUGCAGUAGCCACCCCUGAGACAGAUAACAGCAGAAGACAAUCACAUGUGAUGAACUGGUUUCCAAGGAGUUCUUCUCUAACAAAGACAGUAAACGGAUGUCCGCUUAUUCCUUGGGAAAGGAUUCCUAUUAAAUACCCAGAAACAGCGGUCAGCCAAAGCCAGUGCUUGUUCUCAUCACAUCUCUGUGUCUUCAGAAUUGGAAGAAGAAUGAGAGGCUGUACUGUGGGCCUGUGCAAAAGAAAACAGAGGAUGUGUAAGUGGUAAGAGUGUGAACUUAAGGAGGUGGAUGGUCUGUUUUAGAUUUGCACUUCUCGAGUCAGGAAGAAGAGUCACUUACGAGAAGCUUGGUGACCAGAAUUCUGCACUUGGCUUCAUUUCCAGCUUGCUGUUUGACCCUGACACAUUCCUUUUAAUAUCUAUAUAUAUAUACAUAUUUCUUUUCUAUAAACUAGCAUAGUACUACAAUUGACUUUCCAUAGAGUUAUUAUAGAAUAUUUUUAAAGACAUCUAGAAUACUUUCUUUGUGAAACAAUAUAGGAUACAAGGUCAAUGGCAACAUGUAUGCUAUGGUCUGCAUGUUUGUAUCUCCCUAAAGUGCAGAGGUUGAAAUCCUGUUUCCCAAGGUGAUGAGGAGGUGAUUAGGUCAGGAGGGCAGAGCUCUCAUGACUCAGAUCAGGCCUUUACAAGAGGCCUCCCAGAACUCCUUAGCUCCUUCUGCCAUAUGAAGGCAAGCCAGAAGUCAGCAGUCUGCAACCCGGAAGAACGCCUUCACCAGACCCUGAAUCUGCCAGUGCCGUGAUCUUGGGCUUCUGAGCCUCUACAACUGUGAGAAAUAAAUGUUUGUUGUUUAUAAGCCA